AUGGUUUCGAGUUCAAGGCCAACUAAGGUAAUGAAAUUGGAGGACCUAAUCCAGUUAGUUCCAAAUUGGCUUGAACUUCCAAAAGAUGUAACAUCAAAGAUACUUCAAUUGCUUGGUCCUGUAGAACUUGUGAGGAAUGCACGUCGAGUGUGUCCUAUGUGGAGGAACAUUUGUAGGGAGCCUAGCAUGUGGAGGAGCAUUGAAAUGAUCAAAGGUCUCAAUUCUCCAUAUAACUUAGACAAGAUUUGUAUGUAUGCUGUUGAUCAAGGUUGUGAUCAGGUUGAAGAAUUUAAUGUUGAGUAUUUUGCUACUGAUGAACUCAUCAAAAAAAUAGCUGAAAGAACUGCUAAUCUGCGCCGCAUUAGGGUUUCAAAAUGCUUCAGAGUUUCAGAUAAAGUAUUUAGUGACGCUGCCAAAAAGUUUUCUCUACUUGAGGAACUUGAACUUUCAUUCAAUGAUUUAAGCAAAGAAUCUCUAGAAGCUAUUGGCCGAAAUUGUCCACUUUUGAAAACACUGAAAUUCAAUCGAGCCUACAAAGGAGUUAAAUGCACUUCGUACAAAGGCUUCAAAUGCAACAAAGAAGCAUUUGCUAUUGCAAAAACAAUGCCCGGAUUAAAACAUCUUGAACUUUGGGGAAACAAGCUCACAAAUGAUGGUUUGGUUGCUAUUCUUGAUGGUUGUCCUAACCUUGAAUCUCUUGACCUUCGUAUGUGUUACAAUUUGGUUAUGUCUGAAAAUUUGGCGAAAAGAUGUUAUGAGAAUAUUAAAUAUUUUAGACAUCCAGGCGAGUAUAUAGAUGAACACGAUGAUGAUAAUGAUGAUCAUAUUUUUGAGUUCUAUUGUGAAUGUCGUGAUAGAGAUAGCAAGAAAAUGAAAGGGACGAAGAUAUCAUAUAUGGAUUUUGAUAUGUUUCAUUAA